CUCCCUAGCAACCGUGGAUACGAAACUUUCGGUAGAAAUAACUAGUCAAUAUCUUGCCUGAGGUUUGACGUCACACUAACGUCAUAAACCGGGUCGCACUAAAACUCCGCCAUGAAAACAAGAAAGAAAAGACCAUUCGACUUUUGGAAAGGUGUUUUAAAGUUGUCGAAUGACAAGAAGAAUUUCAAGGAUUUUAAAUAUUAACGAUAAACAAUGGUCAUGGCGGAUAGACCAACGAAAACCCCAGUUCGGGUGGGAUUUUACGAUAUUGAGAGAACAAUUGGAAAAGGAAACUUUGCAGUUGUAAAAUUAGGAAGGCAUAGGAUUACAAAAACUGAGGUAGCAAUAAAAAUCAUCGAUAAAACACAUCUGGAUGAAAACAAUUUGAAGAAGAUUUACCGGGAAGUGAAUAUCAUGAAGCUGUUAAACCACCCCAACAUUGUUAAACUCUAUCAGGUAAUGGAGACGAAAAAUAUGUUGUACCUUGUGUCUGAGUAUGCACCUAAUGGGGAAAUAUUCGAUUACAUACGUACACAUGGUCGUAUGACGGAACCCGACGCCAGGAAGAAAUUUUGGCAGAUCUUGUUAGCGGUGGAGUAUUGUCACAAUCACCAUGUUGUUCACCGAGAUUUGAAGGCAGAGAAUCUUCUCAUGGAUGCUAACAUGAAUAUCAAGAUUGCUGACUUUGGGUUUGGGAACUUCUUCAAGACCAAUGAGCAUCUCGGAACGUUCUGUGGCAGUCCGCCGUACGCCGCCCCUGAGGUGUUUGAGGGCAAAAAAUACCUUGGUCCACAAAUUGAUGUUUGGAGCCUUGGGGUGGUGCUGUAUGUGCUAGUCUGUGGGGCCCUCCCAUUUGAUGGAACCAAUUUACAGAUGCUGAGAGACCGAGUUCUACAGGGCAGAUUUAGAAUACCUUUCUUCAUGUCAGAAGCUUGUGAGAAGUUGAUCAGAAAGAUGCUAGUUUUAGACCCCUCCAAAAGGUACACCAUUAACAUGAUCAAAAAACACCGCUGGAUGCAGGAGGACGGGGGAGCACCCAAACAAGCCCCGCCCAGUCCUGUGAUUGGUCAGAAUGCAAAGAUGGGGGAAUACAAUGAACAGAUACUCCGACUGAUGCAAGGGAUGAAGAUUGAUAGGAAUAAAACUGUGGAGGCCUUACAGAAGGAUGCGUAUGAUCACUACACAGCCAUAUAUUACCUUCUAGUGGAACGAUUACGGCAACACCGCAGCAGUUUUCCUCCCGAGAAUCGAAUCGAUAUACGUAAGAGACGCCCUAGUACUAUUGCUGAUCAAGCAAUGAUGCACUCUAGUCAAGCGGCCCCAGCCCAGGGGCACCAACGCACAGCAUUAGUCAACGUUAAACAAGGCAAUUCAAUGUUCAGCCAUACAACGGAUUGUGUGACAACAACCAGUGCUAAUAGUAGUAAUCUCUAUCAGUUAUUUAACGACAGUGACGUACAGACGCCGUGUGGUGUUACGGGGUGUCUCCCCGACAUAAUGCCCAGCCCCUGUGUCAAACCUAUGGUGACCUCUAAUAACCUUCACAUGAUCACCACCUCAAUUGACGAAGGGGUGGAGGCAGACAUGACUGACUCCGAGAGUGAUUGUGGAAAUAACAGUAAAAAUAACGUUCAGUUUGUAAGGGAUGGUUACGGCAUAGGACUAAUUCCCAGCUGUGCUUUUGGUGACUUUUCUCAGUUGAAAAAGAAUACAAAUAACAGUUCUUCCUCAAUAAACACUGCCUCCCCUUUCACCAGUUUUGACUCCAGUUUAGAACCUGACUUCUCCUCUACCGUUUUAACCUCCUCCCAGCUUAACUUCUCUGGUGUUGACAGUCCAUCUUGUUCGUCCAUAUCCAACACAUUUACAUCAUCUGUAGGUGCUAAUUAUUCCAUGGGUCAACCAAACCCCGAAUCAGAAAAUGAAGAAGAUCCUGCUCAGGAUCGCAGUCAAACGAGAUCACCGGUGAAUUUCAGGGAGGGACGCAGAGCCUCCGAUGGGCUGGUCACCCACGGGGUUAUUGCUUUCCGGCAAAGAUUAAAAGAGAACAUGCGCGCCCCUGGGAUGACUGAGUUACGCAAAGAGCAUGACACUUUACAACAAAUGUUUUCACCAAACAUGACUCCAGAACAAGUUCAACAUAUUCAACAACAGCAUGCAGCAUAUAUGGAAUCAAGUGGGCGCCAGUGGCCCACCGAUGAGCAAAAUCAAAAAGCGAGACCUAGACCAUUUUUGAAACGUAUGAGUUUACCAUCAGAAAACUUUGACAUCCAGCCACAUAAACUGUUAGCUCUGAAGCAAAGUAUGCAGGUAGAACGCGCCAUGGAUCGGGUAUCUAGUCAUGAGGAAGUUGCAAAUGAUCCGAAUUCAUUUGAAUACAUGAAUAAACCACUCCAACAAGCAUUACUUCAAAGAAACCUUCAACAAAAGAGACAGAGUUGGCAACAAAAGCAUUGUCCCCUUAACCAACAAUUUCAGAAACUUCAGAUUGAUCAAAACUCAUUUCAACCUUAUCCUAGUCCAAAUAUUCAAAUUCUUCCGGAGCAGGCAGGUCAGACUAUGUUUGGAAAUAAUUUUCUCAUGGGUGCCAACAUCGGAAACCAACAACGAAUCAACGGACAAGGGGAAGAUCUUGGUCCCAUGGGACGACCACCUGUGAUACGGAAAGUCUCUUACAAGUUAGCACAACAACAACCAGUGAUGCCGCCAUAUUUAGAGGAGGGAAACCAAAAUAUACCGUAUUCUAUUGGCCAGCUGCCAAGUAACCAACAGCUGAUCAAUUUCAAUGGGACACCAGUAUCCUUUCCAGCAGUUACCACUCAGACAGAAACACCUGUAGUCCAAACAACACCGGGAAGGAAAAAUGCAUUUAUUCCUCGUGGGAUGGACUUGUUAAUUUUACAGCAGCAGAUUGCCUUUCAACAUCAACAGAAAACAAUGCCGGUCAUACCGGGAAUGGACGAAUCGGAUCAGGAGAAUGAACUCUCAGAGUUGAUGCCCUCGAGAGGAUAUCAGACGGGGUGUUUCCAGGAAGGCGAGCAGACAGAGUGCGCGCCGCAGGCCGAGUUUCAGAACUGUGAUUUUCAGGAGAACUUUGUGAACAACCAGACUGUUGUGUCACCUGAAGCAUGUCAGACGGUGACCAUGGCAACUGAUGAUGAAAUGGACUUCUUGUGACGGCAAAAUCGUUUUAUCUGAUCUUUGAUUCUCAGAUGCUCCGUGUAGAUCUGGUUUUCUUUUCUUUUUUUUUUUACUCUUGGAAUGUUUUGUUCCAAAGUUAUUUAUUGAUUUUCACAGAAUAUCCAAAGUGAAAUUUGUAGUCGAUGGUAAAGACCAAUUCAAACAUUUUGUGUUUGAUUAUUGAUUAUGAAUGUCAGAUUGAAAUUUCAAACUUUGAAUUUUUAUUUUUAUUUACUACAUGUAGGUUUAUAAAGUUUUUGAAAAUCGUGAAAAUUGCAUGAAUUUGUUUUGAGAGUCAAUUUUUACUUGCAUUUUUUGAUGGAAGUGUCCACCUGCUUGUGGUGGUUUUUGACAGAUGAAUUAAAAGGUGAAUGUUGCAUAGUGUACAAGUAAAUGUUGUUUAAAGUCGUUGACAGUUUUAUGUCUUUGUUCUCAUGCACACAUUUCACAGUGCUUGUUGAUUGAGAAGUGAUGUCUUUCAGGCAAAGAGAAUUUUUGAGUUUGUACAUAUGUGUUUAUAGUUAUGUCUUUCACUAAAAAGUGACCAUUAUGAGUUGUUGUACAUUUAAUAAAUUUUUUUUCUCUCUAUGCAUCAUCAUAAUCUCUGCCAUCAGCCAACACUGUUGGAGAAACCAUUUUUGUUUUUAAACUAAGGAAUUAUGGGAUUGAUAUGUUGAAGGCUCACAAGAGCUGCAGUUGUUACAUUGGUCAGUUUGUCUGUGAUUGUCCUUGCCACAUUGGGUCAAGGUUAAAUGACACUGUUGACUCAAAGUCUGAUAAUGAACAUUUGAAGUAUAACCUAUUUUAUAUUCAUCAAGACCUGGUAAAAAAUAAGUUCAUGUAUAUUUGUUUCCAAAAUUUCGAUUCGGACAAAAUCUUUUAGACCAUGCAUACUUUAUUUUGAAUGAAGUUUGUUACUACACCUUUGUAUAUACACAGGUGUUUAGAUUAAACUUCUGCAGUUUGUAAAUUGUUGGGUGAGCAUUGUGGCACAUUAUUCUGUUAUAUCUUUACAAUUAACCGUAAAGUAAUUCAGGUUAGGAAUCACUGCAGGAUGGGGAUAUAUUCCAAUGGAAUUCGGUCCUUGAAAAUUUUUUUUAAAAUGAAAUCUUUUUGAUCCAAAUCAUGAAGAAAACAAUGAACUUAAUUUUCUGGCAAAUACAAAUAGCUUGCCAAAAUUCUCUUGAUAAUCUGAUGUGAGUGUGUGUAUUUGUGUGUAUACAUAUGAAUGAAUGAAUGUAUAUAUGUAGAUUUAGAUUAACAAACUAGUAAUAAGUUGUAGAUUGAAAGAUUGUGGACUGAAAGUUAAUGAAAGAGAAGAUUUAUGUCCUGGUGUGAAACAGUGCUAAUUGUUGUGGUGCUAAGUAGAUUGUACAAACGUCUUAGUCUUGUUCAUUUUCUGGGCAGUCUAACCCAGUGCAAAGUUACUCCAAUUCAAAUACAUCAAAUUCUUUGUCUGUAGAAAACAUGGUGUGUAACUGUAAUGUAAUGUUGGUUAUAGCAGGUUUUCUGUGCACUAAGGCAAAUCAAGACUUAAUCAUAUCAGUGCAGAAUGGGCAUCUACUGGGAAAAUGGAGGGUUUUGUUUAGUACGCUGACCGAGGUAUAUUGAAUGUAAUGUGAUUACACCCACAGAAAAGGAUUAUCAAAGGAAAUUUAUAGAGAUGAAAUUUGUCUUGUCAACAGUGGAAUUAAUCACGGACAAAAUUGAUCCAUCUAUUUCAGAUUUAGAAUUAUUUCAUAUAAAACAUUGCUCAGAGACAAUUAAUAUGUGUCUCUUUGAACACUGAUUCAUGUCUAGGGUUAUUCAAAAUUGUAACAAAUCCUUUCUAAGUGUGUGUAAGAAGUGAAAUCAAUAACUAGAAAUAAGAUAUAACUUAACCUUUUCAGAAGGCAUUGAUUAUUCGCUCAAGCAAAACCUUUUUAUGCCAACUAUUCCAGCAUUGAUGUACAUGUAUAUUUAGACCAUUGAUAUAUAUUUAGAGAAAAAGAAUAUGGUUUUCUGAAAUUUUUUCUCAAACUUGUUUUUCCAGGUAGACAAGAAAUCAAAAGUUUGUUUUUACUGCCGACUAUAAUUUACAUGUUUUGAAGACUAUGAUUUGAUGCUUUAACGUAUUUUUGACUUGAUACAUACGCCUCUAAAAGGGUACACACUGUUAGUUAUUUCACAUCAACUUGUUAUUGUAUGGGUGUAUAGAACUUUAUCAGAGUCAUUAAAUUGUUAUGAAUAAUUCAA